ACGUAAUCCUUAAUUCAGACAAAAGAAGUCAGGGUGCAGUUGUUGGCAGCUUAAGACAACUUGCGGCUCAUGCAAAGAGGUCGACCACGCUCUCCAGAAAGAUGGGGCGGAAGUCCUCAGGGCCCCGGAAGGGAUUAUGACCGUAGUCCAUCCCGAUCACGGAGCCGCUCUAGGUCGCCUCGCGGCGGUGGUGGAAGGUACAUGGGCGGUGGACGCGGUCGCGGCGGCGGCCCCGGGCCAGGUGCUGGCUACCGUGGCGGGCCCCCGCCUCCCCAGCGCUACACCGGACCUGGGGCCGGACCCAGCCCCAGUCGUGACAGCCGCAGCGAUGACAGCGCGUCAUCAUCAUCUUCUGGGGACUCAGCAGAGGAUCGACGCGGGCGCCGACGAGGGGGUGGCAGGGGCGGAGGUGGACGCCACCGCGGCGGCCCCGCGGAUACCGCUCCCCUAGGAGCCGGAGCCGGAGGAGCAGCAGGAGGCAGCGGGGGCGGCUCUAGAGGAGGAUUAGGAGGAGGCGGUGGUGGAGGUGCUCGUGGUGGCGGGGGUGGGGGUGGGUUGGCUGCGGACAGGGAGGUGGAGCUGCAGCAGCGGCUAGCUGAGGUGGAGGGGCAGCUGGCGGCUGUGCGGGCGGCGCAUGAGGCAGACAGGAAGAAGCUGGAGUUUGUGAGCGACAAGGUUCGUGCGGUUGCCGAGCGCUCCAAGAACCGGGGCACCAUGCUGGUGCGGCUGGUGGCGGCGUUGAAGCGAGUGGACGGCGCGAGGGCGGGAGUGGAGGCGGCGCAGGCGGAGCUGGGGCGGGCGCAGGAGGACUUGGCGGUGGUAGUGCAGCAAGCCACGGUGCUGGUGGAGGGCGAGGAGGCCGCGUUCGCCAGCAAGCCCGCGGAAGCAGUCGCACAGCAGCAGCAUCCGCAACACCAGCAGCAGCAGCAACCGCACCCCGCUGCAGCGGGAGCAGCAGGCCCCCCGCCGCCGCCGCCACCGGGGGAACCCCCGGGCGCUAAUGGUCACUCGAGUGGCCAGGGGGCGACCCAUGGGUCAGGGGCGGCGGCUGCGGAUGUACGGAUGGGCGAGGCGGCAGCGACGUGGGAGGAGGCGGGAGCUGGGGGCGGCGGCUGGAGUGAGGCGGGUGUGGUUGGCGGCGGGGAUGGAAGGCCGAAGGCGCUCAGUUUUAAGCUCAAGAUACCUACCAACGUAUGAAGGGAUUGCCAUACGGUGUGGGUGUGACGCUAUGACGUGACACAACAUAGAGGCUUGGCUUGCAGAUGUACUUAGAGUGACGGUGACAAUGAGGAGAUGGCUGAUAGAUCCCAGGACGGGGGGUGGAUGAGGGGCACGUGUGGCAUAGGGUACAAUGUUUGGUGUGGGGCUAGCUCCAUGCGAUGGUCAUGUAGGUGCAGGGGGAUGGCAUGCUGGUUGACGUGACAUCACGUGGUUGCCGGCGCCAGUAUGGCGAUGUUGGCAUGGCGUAUGUACGGGCGCGCGAAGGGUGGCCAUCGCAUUGAACAAGCGUUGGGCCGUGCUGAAAAAUUGGUUGUUACUGGUGUAGGGCUGGGGCAACUGCUGGUGCGCAACAUGUGAUUGUGAAGCCUGGUAG